GUUAAACGCCAGUUGAAAUGCAUUCCGGAGCUGCAGUCGUCUUCAUUUUGGCAGCACUGAUCGCUGCACUAAUCCUGCCCAGCCCAGCUGUAGCCAUUCCCAUGGAGGAUGACACCGUAGACAGACCAAACACCGAUUAUCCAGCCUUGUUCAGAGCCUUCUUGGACCUGGGAAACGCCCUCUUCGGCAGCUGGAGCCCCGACGGAGCAUUAGAGGAGUUUAUUCGAAAGCAGGAAGCUCAAGGGCUUAGCUAUUAGGGUAUACCACUAUCCCCACUGCUCCCCACUUUCCACAGCUGUGUUGCAUAAGUUCCACAUGCAUCCAUAAAGACUUCGACAGCCAAAGACAGGGGAUUCAGCGGUGGUGGCGGUCCAACAUUACGUUUUAAUUAUGCACGCUUCAGUUUUGGCUAGAUCAACCAUCAUUACCACUUCGUUUGGCAUUCGCUAUUAGACAUUCGGGUUUUUUCUUAUUGUAAUACCCUGCCAAUAAUAUGUAAUGUUUUGCAGGCUAAUUAUUAUUACAGCUAAUUCAGAAAAUAAAAAAAUCCUUGACAACCACAACUUAA